UGAGACUCUUUCUCUCUCCACCAGGGGGCGCGCCAAUGCUCACGUCAAAUGUCGAGUACAGAGGAAGCGGUGUCGCGUGAUUCCGGUUCCGUCUGGAUUAGAUGACGUUCCUCUGAGAGUUUCUGGUGUUGAUUGGGUUAACUCAACUAAAAGCGGUUUGUGUAGCAGUCACAUCCAGCUGACCUGCUGGCUCAGUGAGCGUGAACAGUCUCUCCACAGCAGGACCUCUUUAGACCGCCAUCAUGGUGUUAGCUGACCUGGGAAGGAAGAUCACCUCGGCCCUGAGGUCCCUCAGCAACGCCACCAUUAUCAAUGAAGAGGUGCUGAAUGCCAUGUUAAAGGAGGUGUGUGCUGCUCUGCUGGAGGCCGACGUCAACAUCAAGCUGGUCAAACAGCUGAGAGAGAACGUCAAGUCUGCCAUAGACCUUGAGGAGAUGGCCUCAGGUCUGAAUAAGAGAAGGAUGAUUCAGCACGCUGUCUUCAAAGAGCUUGUCAAGCUGGUGGACCCUGGAGUGAAAGCCUGGACUCCCACUAAGGGAAAGAACAAUGUUAUCAUGUUUGUCGGUCUGCAGGGCAGCGGCAAAACCACAACCUGCUCCAAGCUGGCGUAUUAUUACCAGAGAAAAGGCUGGAAGACCUGUCUGAUCUGUGCCGACACCUUCAGAGCCGGUGCCUUCGAUCAGCUGAAACAGAACGCCACUAAAGCCAGAAUCCCCUUUUAUGGCAGUUACACAGAGAUGGAUCCGGUGAUGAUCGCCUCAGAGGGUGUAGAAAAGUUCAAAGGUGAAAACUUUGAGAUCAUCAUUGUGGACACGAGUGGACGACACAAACAAGAAGACUCACUGUUCGAGGAGAUGCUGCAAGUGUCCAACGCUGUGCAACCAGACAACAUUGUGUACGUGAUGGACGCUUCGAUCGGGCAGGCCUGUGAGGCUCAGGCCAAGGCCUUUAAAGACAAGGUGGAUGUGGCAUCGGUGAUUGUCACCAAGCUGGAUGGACACGCCAAAGGAGGCGGGGCUUUGAGCGCUGUGGCAGCCACCAGAAGCCCCAUCAUCUUCAUUGGAACAGGAGAACACAUUGAUGACUUUGAACCGUUUAAGACUCAGCCAUUCAUCAGCAAACUGCUCGGAAUGGGAGACAUUGAAGGACUGAUCGACAGAGUAAAUGAGCUCAAACUGGACGACAACGAGGAGCUGAUUGACAAACUCAAACAUGGUCAGUUCACCCUGAGAGACAUGUACGAGCAGUUCCAGAACAUUAUGAAGAUGGGGCCAUUUGGACAGAUCAUGGGGAUGAUUCCAGGUUUUGGUACAGACUUCAUGAGUAAAGGAAAUGAACAGGAGUCAAUGGCCCGACUGAAGAAGCUGAUGACCAUCAUGGACAGCAUGAAUGACCAGGAACUGGACAGUAAAGACGGGGCUAAGCUCUUCAGUAAACAGCCCAACAGGAUCCAGAGAGUGGCUCGGGGCUCAGGGGUUGCCACCAGAGACGUCCAGGAGCUGCUGACCCAGUAUACAAAAUUUGCCCAGAUGGUGAAGAAGAUGGGUGGCAUCAAGGGACUGUUCAAAGGAGGAGACAUGUCCAAGAACGUGAACCCAUCUCAGAUGGCCAAACUAAACCAGCAGAUGGCCAAGAUGAUGGACCCCCGAGUGCUGCACCACAUGGGUGGAAUGGCCGGUCUUCAAUCCAUGAUGCGUCAGUUCCAGCAGGGAGCUGCUGGAAACAUGAAAGGCAUGAUGGGAUUCAACAACAUGUGAAUGCCAAGAAGUCUGCUGCCUUAAACCUUAAAAAAAACCUUGAGCUGUGCUUACAGUGACCAUUACAGGAGGACAUUUUGGCUUCUUCACAUCCAAAAACAAGAUUUUUGCUUUUAGAAAAUGAGUUAAAGGAGAGUUUAAUGUUUUUAAGAAGCUUCUUCAGUUUUAACAAGAAGGAAAAUGUUGGACUGCUCCUUAAGCAUUGAUGAUGAAGAGGAGGAGGAAGAUUGUUGCUGGCUGCUUUUGGGCCUUGUAUUACAAAUGUAAGGUGUUGGUGUAUAAGAUUUAAACAAAGCGAGGCGUCGGACCUGAUUGGGAGAUUAGAUGACGGUGAUGUUUGUCAGUGACAGUAAUUUUGUCAUAUUAAACAUUUGUAUUACACAA